CCCCUUGCUACCCAUUGAUUUCUCCGGAAAACCCAGAUUGUUUUGGCUUGUGGGUUUUGGGUUUUGGUGUAUAUUAUGCUACAAUCAGAAGCAAUGAGGACAACCACGUUGGUUAAUGGUAGCCAUUCUGAUAGAUUAGAAAAGUUGACCAUGGAAAAUGGCCAGUGUUCUUUCCUUGUUAGUUUGACAAAGUAUAAGAGGCGUAAAAUUUCUGCUGUUCGUGAUUUUCCGGCGGGGUGUGGACGGUAUGCUCAACGGCUCAGUUUGAGACCAACUGAAGCCACAGGAACAGCUUUGACCAAUAUACUUGAGAAUGUAAGUUUCAAGGACGGGAGGGGUGAUGGCCUAGAGAAUGGAACUUCUGAUUUGUUGAGCGAUUUGCGUCAGGUGGUUGCUGCUACAAAGGAGGAUAUUAUUCCUGAUCUGUUAGACCAUAAAUUUUUGUUACCUGCAAAUGAGUCCAUUGCUAUUUCCAAUGGCAACGGUUUGAACAAGCGUGUUGUGAGAAAGUAUCCUCCUCGGAGGAGAGUUUCAGCCAUCCGAGAGUUCCCUCCAUUCUGUGGAAGAAAUGCUUCUCCUCUUGGUAAGGAAGAGUCUUUGGAAGUGCUUUCUUCUCCAAAAAACAAAAGUGUUGGUCUAGAAAAGUCUGAAUGUGAGAUGAUUGACAAAACCUCAACAGAGGCAGUGAUAGUUGAUGUAAGGCAAACAGCAGGGGAUGCUCUAGAUGGAGAUUUGUGCAAAAUUAAAUUUGAAAGGAAAAACUCCAAAGUAACCGGGGACACAGUUCAAUCUAAAGAGUCUGCGAAAUUGCUUGUUUCUACAAAGAACAAAUUUUUUGGUCAAGUGAACAUUGAUGACACUCCCUUGACAGGGAGUGUGAAGGGUGAUGUGAAGCAAACAUUAGGGGAUGUUCCACCAAAGGAGUCUUUGGAAGUGCUUGCUUCACCAAAAAACAAAAGCUGUGAUCCAGAGAAGUCCAGACCAGGAAUGAAUGACAAACCCUCAACAGAGAUAGUGAAUGUUGAUCUAAAGCAAACUGUAGAGGACAUUCCGGCUGGAGAUUCUUACAUGAAUGAAUUGGAACUGAAUGGAGCUAAAGUAAUAAAGGACAAAAUUCAACACGAAUGUGAUAAGAAUGCUACAACAGAUGAUAAUGUAGUAUCAUCUGAGAUGAAGGUGGAUCAGGAAGAAAGAGAAAACUGUAAUGAACCUCCAUUUGAAGAGAAGCUUUACUGGUGGGACCAUGAAUUUGAGACAGUUGUUGGAAAGGACAAUAAUGAUGUUGAAGGUUCAGAAGAACACGUGGGUAAGGAGAUUGUUGUGUACUCCGGGGAAAAAACUCCAGAUGAAAAGUGUUCAGUUACAUCUGAUUAUCAAAACCAGUCGCAAGUAGCAGAUGUUGCGAGUUUGGAAGUUGCACCAAACAGAGUGAUAGUGCAUGGUUUGCUGGCUCCAUCAAAUUCUUUGUGGCAGGAAAUGGGUGCUCGCAAGUCUAAACUAACUGCUGGUCCUGGUAAGAGUGAAAGUAAAGAGAAGAAACUUGAUGUUAUCAAUAUGGUUGAAAGGCAGAAGACUAAGAUUACUGCCCGGAAAAAGGUUGAUGGAAAUGACGCAAAAGGAAAGUCUCUAAAGAACAUUUCCGCGGAAACUGCUUCUCAAGGUGCAGGUCAGCUAGUUAUUUGGGACAAAGAGGAUUCUGUCCGACAUAAUGGGCGUGAUGAUCCUCAUGUGGUUCCAAAAUCACGUGGCAAUGAUGUCUUUAUUUUUCCUAUUUGCCCAGUUGAUUCAAGCAGUACAGAUCAAGACAACGAUGCCAUUGUUGCCCGGCAUAAAGUAAGGGAGACAUUGCGUCUGUUCCAAGGUGUUUAUAGGAAGUUCUUGCAGGAAGAAGAAACUAAGUCGAAAGAAGGAGGACAGGCUUGCAAGAGGAUUGAUUUUAGAGCUGCACAUUUUCUCAAAGAAAAAAACAAAUACAUAAACACACAUAAAAUUCUGGGAGCUGUCCCUGGGGUUGAAGUCGGAGACGAGUUCCAAUACAGGGUGGAGCUUCAUAUUAUUGGUCUCCAUCGGCCAAUUCAAGGUGGAAUAGAUUUUGUGAGGGAAGGUGGGAAGAUCCUUGCAACAAGUAUUGUUGCAUCAGGGGGUUAUGCUGAUGAUUUAGAUUAUUCAGAUGUCUUGAUUUAUACAGGCCAAGGAGGAAAUGUUAUGAAUUCAAGUAAAGAACCUGAAGAUCAGAAGCUUGAACGGGGAAACCUUGCUCUGAAGAAUAGUAUGUACGAAAAUAAUCCUGUCAGGGUGAUCCGUGGAUGUGAGUUAUCAGAUGGGAAAUCUGAGGGGAAAUCUUCUAGGACAUACGUAUAUGAUGGGCUUUAUUUGGUAGAAAAGUUUUGGCAGGAUGUGGGACCACAUGGUAAGCUGGUUUUCAAGUUUCAGCUUGAGAGAAUUCCUGGUCAACCGGAGCUUGCAUGGAAAGAAGUGAAGAAGGUUAAGAAAUACAACGUCCGAGAGGGCGUCUGUGUAGAUGAUAUCUCAAAAGGGAAGGAGGUAAUUCCUAUAUGUGCAGUGAACACCAUAGAUGAUGAGAAACCUCCACCAUUUAAGUACAUAACUAGCCUGAUAUAUCCUGAUUGGUGCAAACCUACUCCUCCCAAGGGUUGCAACUGUACUACUCGAUGCUCAGAUUCUGCAAAAUGUGCUUGUGCUGUCAAGAAUGGAGGUGAAAUCCCAUUUAACCAUAAUGGGGCCAUCGUUGAAGUGAAGCCCCUUGUUUAUGAAUGUGGCCCGUCUUGCAGGUGCCCUCCUUCUUGUCCCAACAGAGUGAGUCAGCAUGGUAUCAAAUUUCAACUCGAAAUUUUCAAAACCAAAGACAGGGGAUGGGGUGUGAGAUCCCUAAACUUCAUUCCUUCGGGAAGUUUUAUAUGCGAAUACCUAGGAGAGUUUCUCAGUGACAAGGAAGCAGAAGCAAGAACUGGCAACGACGAGUAUCUCUUCGAUAUUGGGAACAACUACAACGACAAUACUCUCUGGGAGGGACUGUCGACUCUCAUGCCCAGUUCAGUGUCCGCUUCUGACGAAAUUGUUGAGGAUAGUGAAGGCUUCACCAUCGACGCGGCAGAGUACGGGAAUGUAGGGAGAUUUAUCAACCAUAGUUGCACCCCAAAUCUUUAUGCACAAAACGUCCUCUAUGAUCACGAGGACAAGAGAAUUCCUCACAUAAUGCUUUUUGCCGCGGAGAACAUUCGUCCUCUGGAAGAGCUGACUUAUCACUACAAUUAUGUGGUGGAUCAAGUUCGUGAUUCAAAUGGAAAUAUAAAGAAGAAGAGUUGCUUUUGUGGUUCCCAUGAAUGCACCGGUAGAUUGUAUUGAGAAUGAGCGGACUAGCUUUGGAAGUUUGGAUUGCCUAGUUUUGAAAUGAAAUCACUUAGACAGGCAUGUAAAGAGAGAAUUUUUCUUUUCAGAUGUGUUGUAUAUUCCCAUGUUAUGCUUUUAGGCUGAAGAGUUGUAAAUUACCUUCAAAAAGUAGUCUUUAGCUUCUUACUUUCAUACACUAAUGAAAAAC